AGUAGAGGUUAGGUUGUAACAUGUAAAUAAUGCGCAAUUUCAACGAUAAAUAUACGAAAGUGAAAUAUUAUAUCAUGUUUAUGUGGUAACCCGUAAAAAUAAAGAUAUUGAAGUGUAUUAUAGUGAAUUAAAAAGUAAACAAUCGACUCGAUCAUAUUAAUUCGGUUACCUCAUCACAACAAGUGCGAAUAAUUUCAUUGCCAUGUCUUUAACAACGAAAAUUAUCACAGUUCUGUGUAAAAAUAAUAAUGUUCGAGCACUGUCAACCACGGGUAUGAGAAAUGCUAAAGUAACAUUUAACUGGGAGGACCCCUUGAAUUUAGAUGGGCAGUUACAUGACGACGAAAAGGCGAUCAGGGACUCGUUCAAAGCUUAUUGUAACGAGAAACUAUUGCCCAGAAUAAUCGAAGCUAACAGAAAUGAAGUCUUCGACCGAAGUAUUUACAAAGAAAUGGGUGAAUUGGGCGCCCUCGGAUGUACUAUUAAAGGAUAUGGAUGUGCUGGCGUAUCCAAUGUCACUUAUGGUUUGAUCACAAGAGAACUGGAUGGAGUGGACUCAGCUUUCAGGUCGGCAAUGAGCGUACAGAGCAGUUUAGCGAUGGGUGCAAUAUAUAUGUACGGCAGUGAAGAACAAAAAGAAAGGUUCUUACCAAGAAUGGCUAAGGGAGAACUAGUGGGUUGCUUUGGACUAACAGAGCCAAACUUCGGCAGUGACGCUGGUGGAUUAGUAACGAGAGCUAAAUAUGAUUCGAAAAAUAAAUGUUACAUUCUGUCUGGCUCUAAAACAUGGAUAACCAAUUCCCCCAUUGCCGACAUACUAGUAGUAUGGGCGAAAAACGAAGAGGGUAAAGUAAGAGGUUUUAUUGUUGAACGUUCACAAGUAAAGAAAGGUUUAGACACGCCUAAAAUCAAUGGGAAAUUCUCCUUGCGGGCGUCGGCUACUGGGAUGAUAUUGCUCGACGAAGUGGCUAUACCAGAGGAGAAUUUAUUGCCUAACGUUGUUGGUUUGAAAGGGCCAUUCGGAUGUCUCAAUAACGCGCGGUACGGGAUCUCUUGGGGCGCUCUCGGAGCGGCCGAAACUUGUUUGCGUAUCGCCAGACAGUACACAUUAGAUAGGAAACAAUUCGGUAGACCGUUGGCAGCAAACCAGCUGAUACAAAAAAAGUUAGCUGAUAUGCUUACUGAAAUACACAUCGCGUACCAAGCAUGUCUUAGAGUAGGCCGUUUGAAGGAUGAAGGUCAAGCGGUACCGGAGAUGAUUUCUCUUUUAAAAAGGAAUAACUGUGGGAAAGCCUUAGAUAUUGCUAGAUCGGCCAGAGAUAUGCUAGGUGGGAAUGGCGUAUCAGAUGAGUAUCAUAUUAUAAGACAUGUAAUGAAUUUAGAGGCAGUGAAUACAUAUGAAGGUACACAUGAUAUUCAUGCGCUAAUAUUAGGAAGAGCAAUAACAGGAAUUCCGGCGUUUUUUUGAUAAAAUAUGAAGCAUUAGAUGAUAAUAUGAAUUGAAAAAUAUAGCUAAUGUACAAAAAAAAUUUAUUUAAUUGUAAAUACAUAUUCCAUCACUUGUAAUUUAAAUAAAAAGCAUUU